AUGGACGAAGGGGCAGCUCCACUUAAUCAGCAACAACAACAAACUACCGGGGGUUCACCCACAGAAACAACAGAUGGCACCGUCUCCAAUUCAACAUUACAGAAUGAGGUCACCAGCGGUGAGAAGAGUGACAGUGGUAAGGUGGCUUCAGCAAGUGCUACCGCGAAGGCUUCGAGGAAACGUACAAAGACAGGAUGUUUAACCUGCCGAAAACGUCGCAUAAAAUGCGGAGAAGAACGCCCAACCUGUGGGAAUUGCAUCAAGUCCAAACGUAACUGCGAGGGAUACAACCAACGCGUCGUCUUCAAGGACGGUAUGAACGGGAUGUAUAGGCCUGGGAUGCUGGGUGCGGCAGGAGGUACGGGUGGUUCGUCAACAGAUAAUCGACGUCUCAUACAACCAUAUCCCAUCCAGCCUGCCCCUGCUCCUGGGUCGUCUGUUACACAUCAGCCAAUUGCAAUUCGACCUGCACCGGUCCCACAGGCACAGGCAGAAACAUACUUGAACCUCGCCCAGGACCAGUCUAAACCACCACAUCUGAGGGCCAUAUAUGCGGAACGUGGACAAGCACUCCAGGCCCAUGGGCAGCUACCUCCCCAUCCAUUGACACCGUCGGAUCCACAUGGGCAACCCGAACAGUAUGGACAUCAUGAUCCAUACCAGCAGCAGGUACCCGUGCCGCAGUCCAACGACACUACGGGCCAGUAUCCACCCUACUAUGAGCAUAUAUCAGGUCCGGGGACGGGGUCCUUCCCUGGAGUGGUUGAUAGGUCCCUUCCGCCAGGAUCGUCUACUGAAUUUGGUGCUCAAACAUUUUUUCCAACACCUCAGUAUAUCGGAUCAUCGUCGGCGCCUUCUUUUCCAUCGUCUCACCCGUCGGCGUCGAACUCAUGUCCUUUCAACCCACCAAUGCCUACAAAGUACAACAUGGAACAGAUGAAUCAACCAGGGCAGGAGUUCUCGGAUAAUCCGACUUCCACGUCCUACCCAGAACCACCUAUGAUUGCUGCUCCUAGCCACGACCUCCACUUUCUCGGGCCAGAGACAGCGCACCUAUCCCAUCGUCGCGCAAGUGGGGUUGAAUAUAACGACGAUGAGGACGAUGAUCUCUACGACGUAGAAGACGACGAUGAGGAGGAGGAGGAUGACGAUGACGACGACGACUAUGAAGUGCGUGAACUUGACCAGAUGAUGCUUGACCCGGACGGCCAAUCAAUCUCACCCAGAGCCCAUAUCAGCAACAUCAUCGCCCCACUCAGCAAGCAUCUGAAUGAGCACAGCAGAAUAUCAUUCAGGAGCUUCCUGCCCGACCAGAACACACUAACAAACUACCACCCAUCAAUGGGCUCAAGCCCGCUCAUGAACAGCACCACAGCGAAGAUCUUCUGCCAUUUUAUAUACGUCCUCGGCCCCAGCCUGUCGCUGUUUGAGCGGCAACCACCAAACCCCCACGUCGCAUUCACGCCCGGGGCUGGGCUGCAGGGCCCGCAAAACGUGUGGUCAUACACAGUCCCGAUGCUCUCGCUGAGCCAUCCGCCCCUGAUGCACGCCAUAUUGGCACUGAGCAGCCUGCACAUCUCAAAGCUCACCAAGGGGCCCUCGCACCCCAGCCUGCUGCACUACCAUAUUGCCUUGCGGCGGCUCGGAAAGGCGAUUGCGAGCGACAAGCACAGGGGCCAUGUCGCAACCCUGUCGGCAACCCUCCUCCUGGGGUACUAUGAAACCAUGGCCGCGGAACACGAUAAGUGGAGCUCGCACAUCCACGGCGCGAAGCAGCUGCUGAAGGAGAUUGAUUUCGACCGUGUGGCGAGGCGGGUCGAGAUUCUGGAUGAGCAGGAUCGCAUCAGCCAGCAGCAGCAGCGUGAGGGUGGCGGUCCGGGUGGUGAGCAGCAGCAGCAUCUGCAGACAGAGGGCCAGCUCUGGCCGCCGCCUCCCCCGCAGCCGGGGCAGCAGCCGAGUAUGCUCCGGCUGCGCAAGAUGCGGAAGCAGCAGGUAUACAACGACGCUGACGAGAACUUUGCCUCCAUGCUCUCUGGGCAUGGCCGUGCUGCGCGGAACCGCGGAGCCAGAAGAGGGGGACAGCAACAGGAAGGAGGGGGAGGAGGAGGAGGAGGAGGAGGAGGCACAGCAGCUGGAACGACCACCACUAAGGAGCUGGAUGUGAUGCAGUUGCAGGCAGACAUGUUUUGGUGGUUUGCCAAGAUGGACUGCUACCAGAGCCUUGUUAGUGGAUGUCCCCUCGUAUUGGACUACAUUUACUGGUCGCAGUGUCCGCCCCGCGCGCGCAUCGGCACGCUCGGCAUGUCGUAUGGCAGCUCCGACCACUACUUCCUCCUGCUCGGAAGGCUGUGCGCGUUCCAGGAGAAGGACUUGAAGAGGAAGAAGGCGGGUCCACCCCCGGGGUGGACGGGCCCGCCGCCGCCCGGGUGGGGGAGAGGUGGGCCGCCGCAGGGAAUGGGAAUGGGGGGACCGCCGGGUAUGGGUUUCCCGGGUGGACCUCCGGCUGGUAUGGGGCCGCCUAAUGGCAUGGGAGGGCCACCGAAUGGUAUGGGAGGGCCACCUUCUGGCAUGAACGGUAUGCCGGGCAUGAACGGUGAGAACAUACAAUACGGCAUGGCACCCGCCCCCCCAGGCCCCCCGCGAGUCCCCCCAGCCUUCGCCCAAAACUUCCCCGAACUCUCACGCGAAAACGAACAGCGCCACCAAUCCCAGAACGAACCCCCCGAAGACCUCACCGCCGCAACCCUCGAAGCCGAGCGCGAAUGGUCCGCCAUCCAACAUGCAUUCCACGUCUUCCAGCAGUCCCUCGGCGAGGAGUACCAGCCCCUGCCCAUCGAAUACAUGCCCGUGCAGAAUACGCCCUUCGGCGCCGCAAUCUAUUACCGCACCUACUCGAUCGCAACACUGCAGAUGCUCUACUACAUGGCCAUGAUCGUCCUCGAGCGCUGCCACCCCUCCAUGCCGGCAGUCACCAUGAUGGCCGCCGGCGUCGCGGCCCCCAAAACCGCGCGCAUGGCAAUCGACAUUGCGCGCGUCACCGCGGGGCUAGUCCCCACGGACCCCAACGGCCAGAUCAACCCCGCGCUCGGUGCUGGGCUUAUCGAGUCGUCGAUGCCGCUGUUCUUUGCGGCCGUGCAGUAUCAGGAGCAGGCGCAGCGCGACUGGGUCGUCAGGAAGCUAAGGGAGAUUACGCGGCUGACGGGGUGGGCGACGGCGUCGCGGGUGCUGCUGGGGUGUCAGAGGGCGUGGGAGAGGGCCGCGGAAAUGGGGAAGGGGCCCAGGUAUGAGAGGCCGCCGUUUGAGGAGGAGGGAGAGUUUUUCUAUGAGUGGAAUUUGGGCCCGGGGGGUGCUGCGGCGGCGGCGGUGGCGGAGGCGGGGAAUGGAGAGGGGAGGUAUUUGUGGAGGAGUGCGGGGAGGAGGUUGGCGGGGGCGGCGGGGAUAUUGGGGCCGUUGAGGGAGGAUUUUGGGGUGGGGGGUUUGACGAUUUAG